ACGCUUGAAUUUGGGUCUUGCUACUCACUUGAUACUCACUCUGUAAUUUGGCAAUUUUUUGUUUGUUUGCAGAUUAAUUUGUAUUAAAUUAUUAACCACAAUUAGAAUCCCUUAAUUGUUUAAUUGUUUGAUUGUAUUUUAUUUGUUCGCAGUGAUAAUUGUUGAAGCGAAAAACAAAACAAUUCCAACACUUGAGAUUCAUCAAUGGGACAAAGUUGCUCUUCUUGUAUUCACUUUUUAAUCGGUGGACGACAUUUUCGUUCCGGUUCAUCUUCUUAUCGUUCAUCAUCAUCACCAUCUUCUCGAUUGAAAACAUUGGAUCCUUAUUCAUUGAUUGUUCGAAGUGUCGAUCUUUUAAUUGAAAGGAAUACAAUUAAACAUCGAACUAACUUUUACGAAACAAUUAAACAUCCAUUCAAUGGUAAUCUAGUUAUUCGUCGAGGAUCAUCAUUCCAGAUUAGGAUUAUCUUUGCCCGGGAAUUAACAUCUUCAUCUGAUGUUGUUAACCUCAUAUUCAAAGUUGCAGACUCAAAGAGGCCCAAGUAUAGUGAAGGAACAGAAAUUACCUUACCUGUUUCAGAUGAGAAUAUGAAUGAAAUUAAUCCUUCAUCUAGACCAUGGGACGUAUCCAUUAUUUCAUGGGAAUCAAAAUCAGCUACUCUUGAAAUUACACCAGCAAUUAACACAAUUAUAGGUGAAUGGAGAUUAACAAUUGAAACAAGAACCACAGUCUCCGGGAUUUAUCGUUACUCAUCUUAUCAGGUUCCAUCAAGUAUUUACAUAAUAUUCAAUCCAUGGAAUAAAAAUGAUCUGACUUACCUUUGGGACGAAAAGGAGAGAGAAGAAUAUGUUCUCAAUGACACUGGAAUCAUUUGGAAAGGAACCCAUUCAAGAUUACGACCUAGUCCAUGGAGUUAUGCUCAGUUUGAAGAUAAAAUUUUGGAAUGUUCUGUGUUCAUUUUAACUAAUUUAGGUAAUUUACCGAUUGCUGAUCGAGCUGAUCCAAUUAAAAUUGUUCGCCAUUUAACUCGAGUUAUCCACAGUCAUAAUGUUUUCGAUGGAUUUGGUGUUCUAGUUGGUCGGUGGGAUGGUAAAUAUAAAGGAGGAACUGAUCCUACUAAAUGGAUCGGUAGUAGGCCAAUUCUACAAGAAUUUUAUUCUAACCGUAAACCUGUUAGAUAUGCUCAAUGUUGGGUAUUCGCUGGUGUAUUAACUACUGUUUGUCGAUGUCUUGGAAUUCCUGCUCGACCAGUUACAAAUUAUGAUUCAGCUCAUGAUACUCAUGCAUCGUUAACGGUUGACGUGAUUGUAGACGAUAAACUUGGUGUUAUCGACGAUUUAACCAAAGAUUCUGUUUGGAAUUUCCAUGUUUGGACGGAAAUUUGGCUUAAACGACCUGAUUUAUCAAGAAAUGGUACUUACGAUGGUUGGCAGGUUAUCGAUGCCACACCACAAGAACCUUCCGAUGGUAUCUAUCAAUGUGGACCUACGAGUGUCAUAGCGAUUCGUAAGGGUGAGAUAUUACGUGACUAUGAUGGUCGUUUUGUAUUCGCAGAGGUCAAUGCCGAUGAAGUUUAUUGGCUACGAUCAGGAGACUCUGAAACGUACAAAUAUCUUCAAUCAGACACAGCAAAGAUUGGAAAAAAACUCUCUACUAAACAAAUUGGUACUAAUUCUCGUAUCGAUCUGACCGAUGAUUAUAAACAUCAAGAGGAAACUCCCGAAGAAAGGGAGAUAAUGUUAAAAGCUCUUCACCAAAGUGAUCAUGUUUUCACCCGAUAUUAUCUGAAUGCUAAAUUCAAUGAUAUUAGUUUCGAAUUGAAGCUAAUCGAUGAUGUUUUAAUCGGUCAAUCAUUUAAGGUUCGUUUAAUUGCUGAAAAUAAAAGUGGACUAGUUUACACAGUUGAAACUCUAACUAGACUUGAUACUGUUUUCGGUGAUGGUAAACGUAAUAAAGAGGUUAAAAGGGAUCUCUCAAAGACAAAGAUUCCGCCACUUUCAGAAGUGGAAAUAUCAAUACCAAUUGAUUAUGAUGAUUAUGAGAAUCAUUUGAUCGAUCAAAAUACUUUCUCAGUUGUUAUGAUCGCCAAAGUACUGGAAAACGACUUUCACUAUGCUGGAAUUGAUUCUUUUCGUCUUCGUUUACCCGAUAUCACGAUAGAGGUUGAAGGCGAUGUUUUUGAAAGGAAACCAUUUAAUUGUCAUGCUUAUUUCAAGAAUCCAUUGCCAAAGAAAUUAACCAAAGGUGUUUUCAUGAUAGAAGGACCUGGAUUAGUGAAAUCAAAUCAACUACUAAAAUUGCCCUUGAAAAAACCAGUUAAAGUUGGUGAUUGGGCUCGAGUUACUUUCACGUUAACAAUGACAACCAUUGGAGAGAAAACUUUAAUUGUUAAAUUUUAUUCAAAAGAAUUGAAUGACGUUGAUGGUUCUCGAAUAGUUCGAGUGUCCAGAGAUCCAACAUUAUUCAAUUUAACUGAACUGGACAAUUCAUUCCGUCGCCAAUAAUUUAUUAUCAUUUGUGUAAAAAAAAGGAUUAUCAUUAACUUAACAAUACUAAUAUCUUCAGAUCUGAAUUAAGUUUAGGAACAAAACUAAUCAAUUUAAUAUUUAUUACAUUCUAACUGUGAUAUCUAACAAUUUUAUCUCAAUUUAUGCCUCAUCCCUUUUCCAUGUAAAAUGUUAAUUUUGAAUCAAUUGUAUCAAUCGAUUCGAUUUUAAAACAGAAUAUGAUGAAAUUGGAAAAUAAUGUUAUCCUGAUUUAAUAUGGAAAAUUAUUUAUUCUAAAAAGUUACAUGUUGACUUUUUCUUCAAUAUUUUCACCUUCAAGCCAAACAAAAAGGAAAAAAGGAUUUGGAUUAAUGGAUGAGGAUUUAAAAAGCAUGCGGAUUACAUGGGAAAAGAAAAGAGAACCUCUGAUGGUUGAUUAAUUAAAGAUUAAUUGUUACCUGAUGUAAAUUUCGUUGAUUGAAUUUCCAAAAGCAAGACUAGGAAGACAAGGAAAUAGUAAAGAGAUAAACAGAGAGUGAGAGAGAGAGAGAGUAAAAGAAUCCAUGAUAAAUGAUUGGAUCUGAAAGUUAUCCGCUGAUUGGAAACUCGAUGAGUGAUGGAUUCUAAGUGUUAUCCUGAUGAUGAUUAAAGUGGAUCAGCAGAGAUCUUGAAAUAUUAACUGAAAUGAUGGUGAUUGGUUUCCAAUGGAUUAUAUCUGAUGAAUUAAAGAUGCGGAUCAUCAUGAGCAUCAAUUUUUGGCAAAUCAUUUUGCUCGAGAUGAUAAUAGUUUAUGUUAUAUAUACAUGAUGAACCAACAUCCAAUGGUAUAGGUUGUAUUUGAGAAGAUGAAGAUAAGAUAGGAAUCACCAUGUAUCUUUUAUCAUGUUAUGAUGAAACAAGAUGAGGUGAUGAUGAUGAUUUAUUAAAUUUUCCAUUGAAUAAUAAUACAUGUAAAUCUAUCAAGAAA